AUGUGCUCAUUGCCAGAAAAGUUUACCGUCGACAGCCAUUCUUUGACUUACGGAGACGGCUUUUCCGGCUCCCAUCGCCUUCGAGAUACGAUUGCGCGAUUCAUUACUCGCUAUUUCAACCCCGUCAACCCAGUUAUCAAAACCAGCUUCUUGUCACCUCUGGCGUGGGCCAGGCAAUUGAGCUUUCCGGGUUCUGUCUCCUGGACAAAGAUGACGGCGUCCUGCUUGCGCGCCCGCACUAUGGGUAAAGCGAAGAUAAUUGGUGUUUCUUUUGGUGAAAUGGAUCCUUUCGGUCCUGAGACGGUGGGCAUCUAUGAGAAGGCUCUUGCGGACGCCCAACGCCAAGGGAUUCGCGUCAAGGCCGUUUUGCUAUGUAACCCGCAGAACCCCUUAGGUCGUUGCUACACUCGCGAGGUCCUCGAGGCCUAUAUGCGAUUUUGUCAAAAACAGAAUCUACACCUCAUCGCUGACGAGAUUUAUGCUCUAUCAACUUGGAAGAACCCAGACUUUCCCAAUGCGCCUAGUUUCACAUCAGUUCUUUCUGUCAAGAAAGACGGUCUGAUUGACCCAAGCCUUGUGCAUGCCCUUUGGGGAAUGAGCAAGGUACGAGCCUCGGCUAUGUUGUUUUGGUGGGAUAUACUGACUUUGGACUUCGGCUCCAAUGGUAUCAGACUUGGCUGCGUGAUCAGUCAGGACAAUGUGAACUUCCUCCGUGCUGCUGAGGCAAACUCGUAUUUUUCUUGCCCUUCGUCUCUGUCAGACUUGGCCACUUCGCGUAUCCUCUCUGACGAUGCCUGGGUGCAAUCCUUUAUACAAACAAAUCGCCAGCGCCUAGCGGAAAACUAUACCAUCACGAUCCGGUUCUUGGAAAGCCACCAGAUCCCUUACAAGAAGGGCGGGAAUGUUGGCUUCUUUGUUUGGGUCGAUUUAUUUGAUCCUAUCCGAAGACAAGUGAAUGCCACUUUGAAAAAGCAAGCAGAGGCAAACGUGUCAUCUGAAAAUGCCGCAAGGGCCCUCGAGACUAAACUCCAAGAGAAGUUGCUGAAGCACAGGAUCUUCCUAGCACUGGGAGCUGACUUUGGGGGCGACGUGCCUGGCUGGUACCGGAUCGUCUUCGCUCAUGAGAAGGAGUAUCUCAGGCUGGGCCUGAAUCGUAUGAUUAACGCCCUUGGGGUCUUCCGAGAGGAACUUGACACAGGUCUAGCAUAA